ACCAUUUCGGUAUAGCAAGACUAGAUUUGGUGCCGAUCAAUGUGAUCUAGGAGAGAAUAAUUCGCGACUGGCCGCAUGCCGAUUUGGAAGCUCCACAGACUCCCAUCAAAAUGAGGAAAAUUUUACGCAUGAAUCCAAAACUGUUGCCGAAUAAAGCUAAAUAUUUGUAUAUAUGUAUGUACAGAAUGAGACCCUGUAUAAAUGAUAUGAAAAGUCCCCUAACAUCCCAGUUGAGCUUCCGCCGCCAUAUUGAAUAUGUCGAACUAUUUCUCCUUUUUAGACACUAUAUACUCAAAAGACUAAAUCCAAUCCUAUCAAAUUGGGCAAUGAAUAGACAAUACCAUUGCAUUUGUACACAGUCAAUGAUACUAUGCAAAUUCAACCGAUGCCGGUUUUCGACAUAUUGAAGCUAACGUUGGAGCAAGGUUCUCCUCCUUGGGAAAUGAGUUGCUAAGGUAUCUUGAGCUUAUUUCGCAUUUUUCGCGGACCACACACAUAACCAGAUAUGAUGAUUAGAUCCUCUCGAAUAUUUAGUGAUAGGAUUGCCAAACCACUCAAAUUUAAUCGGGUAGAUAAGAUUUCAAAGGUGAAUGUAGUCAUAUCAAUUUGCUCAGUAACUGCACCGAUCCGCCAAAAAUACAGACGGUCUCACGAUGCGCAGAAUUCUAACACUUUGCUACGUUCUGAUUUGGACUGCGCCAGUAACUAAAGCGGAAGAUAUUGUAUUACUAAAACAGAACGAAGUUUCGCUACGCCUUUCGCCGGAACAAGGCAGGCUUGGGUUAACCGUAUCUGAUGGUGAAACAAUAAAAUUAAAGGGAAAGAUCGGGGUUCGAGCAUCUGAACCGUUUACUCCCUGCGACGGUGGCGUUAAAAAUUGCUUCAUGGUAGGUGAUGGCAUGCUCCAAGUAAGCACGCACCUGGAUUACGGCUUUACAAUACAUUGGUCGACGAAUAACACCAGAACUGAAUUCGAGGACUGUUUCGAUCUCGACCCUUUUCAUUGGUACGGUGGUCCGGAACAGAUAAUGCAAUUUUGGCCAAUAGAAAAAUUAACCCUGAUCAAUUUUGCAAACGUUCUGCAAGAGAAUCAGCACGGUGCGGUGAUCGAACCCUACUGGUUAAACUCUGCGGGCGCAUUCAUCUUUGUCGAUCAUAAGGUUCCGCUAUUUAUCAGUCAAAAUGGAGAUGAAUCUGAGAGGAAAGUGUGCUUCUCGGCGAAGGUCACUUCGCCGUACCCACCAACUCGUAAAAGGGUAACGCUAGCUUACACAAUAGGUAUAAAGGAAAAUGUGCGCGAAGCACAUUUGCACGCAGUAAAGGAUUUCUUAGGCAAACCAACCGGUCAUCCAAAUUACAAAAUCAUUGAAAGGCCGAUUUGGUCGACUUGGGCUAGGUAUAAGAGGGACGUGAACGAUGAGGUUCUGCGCGCUUUUGCCAAGGAGAUUGCUGACAAUGGAUACACGAACGGACAAUUUGAGAUCGAUGACGAUUGGGAGGAUUGUUAUGGAGCUCUUACGUUCAGAAGUUCCAAGUUCGCAAAUAUUUCCAAAACCGUUGAUUACAUAAAGUCGUUUAAUUUUACGGUGUCGUUAUGGGUUCAUCCCUUUAUCAACACGGAUUGCGUGGGCCAUUUAAGUGUGGCAAGGGAUAGAGGAUACCUUGUUAAGAACUUUGAAGGCAGUGAUCUGACAAGGUGGUGGAACAGUGCAGGUGGUAAAGCUACUCAUUUAGAUUUCACCAAACUAGAAGUACGAGAAUGGUUUGCUGGGAGACUUAAAUCUCUGCAAAAAAAUUAUGGCAUAGAUAGUUUUAAAUUCGACGCGGGAGAAACGUCUUGGGCCCCUACGAUAUCACAACUACAAGGCGACGAAGAAACGAUGCCGAACGUACUUUCUGAGGAUUACUUGCGAAUGUGCGCUGAAUUUGGAGAUUUAAUAGAAGUCAGAUCUGGAUGGAGAACUCAAGAUUUACCUAUAUUCGUGCGAAUGCUUGAUAGAGACUCACACUGGACCUUAUUCAAUGGACUUCACUCACUUAUAACAACCUUACUCCAAAUGAAUAUGAAUGGUUACACAAUGGUGUUGCCAGACUUGAUCGGCGGUAAUGGAUAUCACAAUCAGAAACCUUCAGCGGAAUUAUUUGUAAGAUGGCUGCAAGCAAAUACCUUCAUGCCCAGUAUUCAGUUCAGUUUCGUCCCAUGGGACUUCACCGAAACAAAAUUUAGCGUGACAGAGAUAUCGAGGAAAUUCAUCGAUCUUCACCAGAAGUACGCCCCACACAUAAAAACACAAAUGGAAAGAAGUAUAAAGGAAGGACAUCCAGUGAAUGCUCCAAUUUGGUGGAUUUCUCCAAACGAUACGAUAGCUUUGACGAUUGAUUCAGAAUUUUUACUGGGGGAGGAUAUACUAGUAGCGCCUGUUAUUAAAGAAGGUGCUACGUCUAGGGAUGUAUACUUGCCUGCAGGAGAAUGGGUUGACGGAAAUAAUGGGUCGACAUACAAAGGUCCCAUCGAGUUAAAAAAUUAUCCGGCACCGAUUGAUGUUCUACCAUAUUUUAUUAGAAACUCUGAGAUAUCUGCAUUAUCAAUUUUGACACGUCGGCAGAUACAUUCAUAAUUUCCACACUCAGACAAAGAGAGAGACCACAGGAUAAGAUGGUUCAAAGUAAUGACCUAAACCUCACACAACUAACACUGUCAGCGAUUCUAUGGAAGCAAACGGGAUUUGCUUGGUGCUAUACAACCAAGUUGGAAGUAUAGCUCAACAUUUUCGAGACCUUAUGCCCAAAAACGUUCAAAGCAAAAUUCAAACUCGAAUAUAAAUAAAUUAGUAGGUUCUCCAUUAGGUGUCCGGUAAAUGUUUCCCACCUUCUCAGUUGAAUAAUUACGAACUGUUUGUACAGUAUGUUUGUGUUCCAAAAAUGCGUGUUAAGCAAGAAGGUUGACUUGUGAACCCUACCAGAUAACUGAUAAGUGCAGAACUAAUUAUUGUUAGUUUGUGUCAAUCUGCUCCGAUGGUAGAGAUCUUCAUACUUCAAAAUGAACAAGAAAGUGUUUGCAAUAUUCUUCAUCUUUUUGGUGAUUAAUUUUGUUCCAUCCGAAUGCACCGGUGUAUUCAUAAAGAUAAAGGAAGUUGCGAAAACGGUGUGGGAUUUUAUCACGUUCAAGAAUGCGAGAUCGGGAUCAGCCACAACCGCCGACCCUGUUUAUGACAUUGAUGUACGUCUCAACACUGAUAGUCCACCCGCGAUGACGUAGACUGAUCCAAUGCUUGUGUUGAUUAAAAAAAAAAUAAAUUUUCUUAUUUUCUUA